AUGUUACGAUAAAAUGAAAUCGAUUACUAAAGGGAAAAAUAUAUUGGAAACGAGGGAACUUUCUUAGACUCUGGAUUGAAGUUGAAUAUGCUGGAUAUACUACAUUUGCAGAACCUUAGAAAUUGAUAAAUUUGAGAAUUUCUUUAUAAUAAGCUCUCAUUGAAUUAUGGAAGGAAUGAGAAGAAGAACAUAUUAAUCAAACAAACAUAUGAAGAAAGAUCAUUUUCUUAUGGGGUAUAUUAAGAUGAAGAAUCCGAUCAAAAUACAAUUGAUAAGGACAUAUGGUUACAUAUUAGCAAUAUGGAUAAAUUGGACAAAAAAGAAAAUUUCACUAUCACUGAAAAGAUUAAAGAAUUAAUUAUAACUGUAAAGAGUGCAAAUAUGAGACUAAUUUUUAUUGAAAAUGAAGUAUAAAAAAGACGAUUACAAUAACUUGUAUCUUAUUGUAUGACUAUUGGUGAUAAAACAAAGUAUUUUACUAUAUUAUUAACAUUAAAACAUCAUAUCAAACUUAACGGAACAUUAUUAUUUAAUGGUUAUCAAAAUUUGCUAAAUAUGGAUGUUAUUUAAGUCCUAAAGUAAUUAGAUUCAAAGGCAACAAAGAUUCCACCCAUUCCAAUUACUAAUAAAAUUAAUAGAUAAUGCAAAUAUUAGAAUUGA